AUGUUACUGCUCUUGAAGUUAAGCUUCGUACUUGCCUUGGCUCCAGCACUACUGUCAUGCUACAGACUUGCUCAAAACUAUUCUGCUGCUCGCAAGACUGGUCUUUCUGUUGUCAUCAGUCCGUUCAAUCCAUUCAAUCCCCUUUGGAUCCUCACACGACCCUACAUCAACCCGUUGCUGUCUUACCUACCGUUUGGCUUGAGCGAAAUCACACAGUAUAACUAUCUUGGCUUCACAUGGCGAGACCAAAAUCGACUUCAUGCUCGCUACGGCAAAGCCUAUAUCAUCGCCACACCUGACGAGAACCAUCUGGUCGUUGGCGAUGUCGUUGGUUGCGACAAGAUCCUGAAGCACUAUCGAAAUUGGUCCAAGAACAAUCGUUUCAACGACCCACUAAACACGUUCGGCUGCAACCUCGGAACUGUUGAUGGGGAAGAAUGGCAGAAGCACAGGAAGGUGACGGCCGUCGCGUUCAACGAACGCAACAAUACAUUGGUCUGGCAGGAAUCCGUCAAACAGGCGAAACAGAUGCUGUCCACAUGGCUGUCAGCAGACAUCGUUGAGACUACUGUUGAUGACCUGAAUCUCCUGGCCCUCCAUGUCCUCGCUUCAGCAGGGUUCGGGACCAGCUAUGACUUCGACAGUCCUCUCACGAUGCCGGCAUCCGAGCAUACGAUGAGCUAUCGAGAUGCGCUGACAGGUAUUAUGAAGAACAUCUUCAUUACGUAUUUCGCCGCCAAUGCAGGCCUCCUCACCCCAGUACUGCCCAAGACAUUGAGGGCGACUGCCGAAGCAGUUGACGAGUUCAGAUCCUAUCUGCUCGAAAUGAUCAAGCACGAGCAGGCAGCCUAUCGUGAAGGCGAUCGUGCCGAAGCUGCCAACCUGAUGUCGAGUCUGGUUCGCGCCUCUCAAGCAGAGACUCAAAGUGAUAAGGCAAAUUCUCGCCACAGCCUGACGGCAUCCGAACUUGCCGGCAACCUCUACAUCUACAAUGUUGCAGGUUUCGACACUACAGCAGGUACGCUAGCAUACGCAAUAGGACUUCUUGCAGUCAACCCCACGUGGCAGACCUGGCUGCGAGAGGAGAUCAACACUGUCGCCGCAGAGGAUGAGAUCAAGGGUGAUCAGUACCAAGACAUCUGGCCAAGACUAAAGCGGUGUCUUGCCAUCAUGCACGAAACCCUGCGCGUCUACGCCCCGCUGAACGCGAUACCCAAGCACACCAACUCCACCUACCAAGAUCUUCACCUCAGCACCGAAGCCACUCACACCAUUCCACCCAACACAGCAGUCUGGGUCAACAACGCCGCCGUGCAGAUGGAUGAAGCACAUUGGGGCUCGGACGUGCUCGAAUGGCGUCCCGAUCGCUGGCUUGACAAGUCGACUGGAGAUAUCAUUCAACCCGCAAAUAAAGAAUUCCUAGCUUGGUCUGCCGGACCCAGAGUGUGUCCUGGCAAGAAGUUCUCUCAAGUUGAGUUUGUGGCGACGCUGGCCUGUUUGUUUCACAAGCAUAGGGUGGCAGCAGAAGUUAGGAAGGGAGAGACGGGGACUGAGGCUAGGAAGCGAUUGUUGGAGGUGCUAAGAGAUUCUGACAUGAGGCUGGCUAUGAGGAUCAAUCGGCCGGAGAAAGUUAGACUGAAGUGGGAGAAAGUGAUGUAG